AUUUUGGGUUAUGUAACAUUACAUUAGUUAAUGUGUUACAUAACUCGAGAUUUACUUAGGUAAGAGUACUUUGUAAUUAGUUAAUCACCUAAGAGAAAAUUUGCAAACACACACAAAAACAAAACAAUUUAACUGUCUUAGUGGUAGUAAAGAAGAAAAUUUGCUUGGCUACACAAGUCAAUAGUUUCAACUGGUAAAUUUGGUUUGAGAUUAUUCAAAGUCAGUAGCCUUGGUUCAGUCUGUCCGCUAUGACAUUUGCAGAUGAGAUGGAGAGAGUGUGAAAAUACUGAUUGAGGAUGAAAUGUCUUAUAUCCACUCAUAACCCCAGCCCACAACAAAGACGCACAGAAUCAACUUCCAUCUCUUUCAUUUCCUGUUCCACAGGAAAUUGCCUCAGAGGAAGCUGAUAGCUCACUGCUCAUCCCAGUAAUGUUAUCUCUCUUCUAGCUCCCUUUCAUUAAAAACAGCAGCAUUUUGUGCACUGACAAACAUGUGCUUAUUCACCAAAACCCAUAAACAAUAUGCAUCUGUCCUCAAAGGAGGUCAAAAGGCAGUUUCUGAUGUUUACAUAAAUAAUGCUGACAUUUAGGUGCAUAUGAAUGCUCUAACCUCAUUAAAGCUCUUAUUUUCCUUGCUUUCUAUAUUGAACAUGUUUCUAAAUCCUGCCUCUGAAGGGUACACUGCACAAAGGUAAUCAUAUCUUACAAAAAUGAUGGGUGAUGUCCUCCCCCUCUUCACCUUCCAGCUGUAAAAUGAAGCCGCGUUUAUUGAAAUCUUGAAAUCUGAAUGACUUUGCUCUAGAUUCGUUUCUCCUAGAGGGUGAGAUGAGCUUAUCCACUUCAAUCAGGUCUUGGACGAGUCAACAUUUCCUAAUGGAAGAGCCAUCCCCUCAAAAGCCAAUAUGAGUGAUAGCCUACCCCGUAUGAGAGUGGCCCUUCUCAACGUCAUUCGUCACAGUAUAUAAUCCCAGCUCUCAUACUGACGGGGGAGGAGUGUCAGGUGCUGUGGCACAUGCAAAGAGCUCCCUGUGAUCUCCAAGAGACGGCUUAAAGAAAAUUCGUCUGAGACAACGGUACCUUCGCUAUAUGAAAUGCAGGGAAAGAAGACAUCUCAAGAGACAGUAACUAUGUCCUCUGAACUACAAACUAAUGCGAAGGGGCCACAGACAGCCCCUAAAUCACCUGUUGGGCUACUUAGGAAGAGGGGUCAAGAAGCAAUUCCGAAGAUGCAACCUGCUAUGAUGAUGUUCUCCAGCAAAUACUGGGCUCGGCGAGGACUAUCUUUGGAUUCUGCAAUGUAUGACCAACAACAUCUUGCAACCUCAAUGCUCCGCAGGACAUCCUUUAAUCGGAUAGAUGAAAGACCUGACAAAGAGGAACAGAAAUCCACCCAUGACCUUGAGAAAUUAGCAGUGAUUUUCUCACUGAAGAAUGAAGUGGGCUGUCUGGUGAAAGCGCUAAGACUCUUUCAGGAGAAACAUGUGAAUUUGGCCCACAUUGAGUCUCGCAGAUCCAAGAGAGUCACCAAUGAGGUGGAGAUAUAUGCAGAGUGCAACUGCACAAAAAAAGAGUUCAAUGAGCUGGUGCAGCAUCUGAAAGACCAUGUCAACAUUGUCUCAUAUAACACACCUCAACAAGUGUGGUCUGCAGAGACCGACUGUUUGGACUGUGUGUGCGUUUUGGGAGGAUUGCCAGAUGGGGAAGGAAUACCAUGGUUUCCCCAAAAGAUCUCAGAGCUGGACCAAUGUUCUCAUAGAGUGCUAAUGUAUGGCUCAGAACUGGAUGCUGAUCAUCCAGGUUUCAAAGACAAAGUGUAUAGGCAGAGGAGGAAGUACUUUGUGGAGGUUGCAAUGAACUAUAAAUUUGGGCAGCCCAUCCCACGAAUAGAGUACACACAGGAAGAAGUGAAGACAUGGGGAGUCGUUUUCAGAGAACUUACAAAACUCUAUCCAACUCAUGCCUGCCGCGAGUACUUGAAAAACCUCCCUCUUCUCACAAAGCAUUGUGGGUACAGAGAGGACAACAUCCCACAGCUGGAAGAUGUGUCUCUGUUCUUACGAGAGAGGUCUGGGUUUACCGUACGACCUGUGGCUGGAUAUCUGUCACCGCGAGACUUCCUGGCCGGUCUGGCUUAUCGAGUGUUUAAUUGCACUCAGUAUAUACGUCACAGCACAGACCCUCUCUACACGCCAGAACCAGACACCUGUCAUGAACUGCUGGGUCAUGUGCCACUCCUGGCCGAUCCCAAGUUUGCUCAGUUUUCUCAGGAGAUUGGCCUUGCAUCUCUAGGCGCUUCAGAUGAGGAUGUGCAGAAGCUGGCAACUUGCUAUUUCUUCACAAUUGAGUUUGGGCUGUGCAAACAGGAUGGUCAGUUAAGGGCAUAUGGAGCAGGUCUACUGUCUUCUAUUGGAGAGUUAAGGCAUGCGCUUUCUGACAAAGCAAAGGUGAAGAUGUUCGAUCCCAAAACCACAUGCAACCAGGAGUGCCUCAUUACAACAUUUCAAGAUGUUUAUUUUGUCUCUGAGAGUUUUGAAGAGGCAAAAGAGAAAAUGAGGGAAUUUGCUAAAACAAUAAAGAGGCCUUUUUCGGUCUACUACAACCCGUACACCCAGAGCAUCGAUUUAUUGAAGGACACAAGGACCAUCGAGAACGUGGUUCAAGAUCUACGCAGCGACCUGACCACUGUCUGUGAUGCCCUGGGAAAAAUGAACACAUACCUCGGGAUCUAG